GUAGCGGCUCGUAUGCAGCAUAUCAUCAUCAACAGCAGCAACAGAUGCCACCAUAUGGUGGUGCUCCUGGGAUGGGCAUGGCCUGGGGAGCAGGAGGAGCAGGGCCACAUGUCACAAACACAUAGCGUACGUAAUGGGGCUAAAGGUCAGAUGGAUCAGAAGUUCAGCAAACAAACGUUGCUGAACUGA